AUGAUGAGAAUCCAGAUUCAGGGGCUGUUUGAUGAUGUUGCCUACACAGACUUCUUCAAGGGUCUGAAAGACGGGUCUACUUUUAAGUUUGAUCUGGUUAGAAAGAAGGUUUCCACUCUCCACGAGGCCUUGAUGGAAGCCGAGGCCUAUAUACAGGCGAUAGAACUUUGUGCUGUAAAAAUUCCAUCAGAGUUCAAGAAAGCUGACAAGAGAGAGAGCCGGCCUACUCAGCCGGCAAAGAAGAAAAGUAAAAGGAAAGAAGUAUGGGCGGCGGAACUUGCUGGUCAGCCAUCCCAGAAAAAAGGAAGGAGAUCAGACCCAUACGUUCCGAAGUAUGAAUUUACAAAGGACUGCACCUCCAUUCUAAAGGAAGUAAGAGACCGGUUGAAACUUGAGAAGCCGGCAACAAUGAAGAGUCCCGUCAACAGUCGGGACAAAAGUAAAUACUGCCACUUUCAUGAGGAUGUUGGUCAUGAUACGGAAGGUUGCUUCAGUCUUAGGCGGUUGUUUGACCGCUUGGCUGAUGAGGGGGCAUUGAAAUCUUACCUACCCAAGUCCAAGAAUACCCCCAAGAAGAUCAAAGGACAGCCGUCAAAAACGCCGACUGGCCAUUCUAACACGAAUGAGGAAACAAUCUUCACCAUAGCACGCGGUUUCGCUGGUAGGGAUCCUACAAUCCGGGGAGCCAAGGACAAUAUUAGGAGGCUGGUUAAUUCAGUUGAUGAGGGUCAGUCGUCUAAAAACGCCUUCCCAGAGGUUCUCAUCUCUGAAAAAGAUCAGGGCCAGGUCAGGCAGCCUCAUGAUGAUCCCAUAGUCAUUGAAUGUAAGAUAGCUAAUCAGCGAGUAGGCCGGAUCCUCAUAGAUACCGAGAGCUCGUUUGAUCUCAUAAGCUAUCAGUGCUUGACAAAACUCAAGUAUAAGUCUGGAAGCAUGCAUCAAGCUCCUCACCCUUUAGUUGGUUUUGGGGGAGGAGUAGUACAUCCGGUUGGUAGGGUUGACGGCCUAUGGGCUAUGGGCGGAUGA